GCGCCCUGCUGUCACCCGGAGACACGGUUUCCCCCGGCGACAUGACGUGCGGGGCGCUCCGCCUGGUCCAGAACGCGGGGCUCUUGGGCUCGGCGGCAGGCCAGGCGUGCUCCCUGGUGGCGCUCUGCACUCCUCGGUGGCUGACGCGCCCCUCGGGUCUACCGGACAGUGAGACCUACGCGCUGGGCCUGUGGGAAGCGUGUGUGACUCAAGACACAGGUGGCCGUGUGUGCCAGGCCUCUGCCGGCCCGCGGGACCUGGCCCCCGAAAUGCUGCUGGCCCACAUCCUCAUGUGUGGCGCCUGCGCCGCGGGCUCGCUUGGGCUGGUGGCCGUCCUUCUGGGACCAUCGUGUGUGAGGUUCGGGGCCCGCCACGGCAGCUCUUUGGAGAGACGCACGACCGCGGCAGGGGGCGCUCUGUUUGUCCUCGCGGGACUCGCCACGUUAGUGCCCGUGUCCUACGUCGCCCGUGUCACCGUGCAGAAGUUCUGGGGCCCUGAGUUCCCAGCCAAUGCGCCCCCGUGGGACUACAGCGGUGCCAUGUUCAGCGGCUGGGUUGGCGGAUUCUUCCUUCUGACCGGAGGUCUUCUGAUCCUGGCACAGCUCUGUGCCAGCAGGUCGGCCGAAAACGCAGCCUCUUCCCCUUCAAAACUUUGCUAAAGUAGACUUUGUUUAAAAAUGGGCCAUUGGCGGGGCGCCUGGGGGGCUCAGUCGACUGAGUGUUGGCUCUUGCUUGUAGCUCAGGUCACCAACUCGCGGUUCAUGAGUUCGAACCCCGAAUCGGG